AUGAUUCGUGUGGCAUUAGCCAUCAUCCUCCUUGGAGCCGCCCUCGCCCAAGAAGAUGGUCCGAGGAUCAAGAUGAGGUUCCCAAGCGCGGCCACAAUCGCCAAGGGCACCAAAUAUGCCAACUGGCGAGUCGGAAAAGAUGCGAAAAAAAUCACGCCCGUCUUCAACCCACAGCUCAUCAUCAACAUGGGAACACCCCCGCAAGAGUUCCUCGGCUGUGGAUUGGACAUUUCUUCCGGCGACACCUGGAUUAUCGAUUAUCAGGCCAAUCAGCCAAAUCCGGCACCUUGGCUGUAUGAACCGAGAAACUCUUCCACCUACAAGAAAAGCAGCUACCCGUACGCGGCUACCGUAGUCGACGUCGACGACAACCCGGCCACCCUCACUGGAACGAUCGGAGAUGAAAUCUUUGGAUUCAGCCAGUUCCGAUUCCCGAUGCGCUUUGGAAUGGUCGAGAAUGUUGUGCCUGUCAAUGGACAGGCCGAUAUUCCGGACGUGUUCGCCACUGGGCGAUGCGGAUUCGGUUUCUAUCCAUCUGACUAUAUUGACGCGUUUUUGCCGAAGGUUAUGGCGGCAGCGAACGCCUCCCAAAAGACGUUCACCACCGUAAUCCACGACUGCAUGCUCAAUAAGGAUGCUGAAGAGGUCCUCACCGAGAUGACGAUCGGUUUUAUCGACGGUUCCUACUGCAACCUUUCCACUACCGUAACCGUGCCCCUCGUCGAUAGGAACAACUGGAACUGGGCCAUCACCGGCUACCAAAUCGGGAACCUCACCUCCACCCAGCGCCAGAUCGCCAAGAUGGACAGCAACGAGCUGAGGACGGGAGUGCCGCAGAAUGUGUACAACUACAUCUACACUGCCACAAAUGCUACCAUGGACCCGAGUUCACCAUGGCCAAUGGUCAGCUGUGAUCAGCAAUUCCCCCCUCUCAACUUUAACACGACAAACGAUUUCUUCUCCGUCCAUUCCCACUAUUAUGUCUUCAAGGACUUUAAAGACGAUCAAAACCCAUGCUAUCUGAUGUUGUACCCAAUGGACGGGGGCGGUUUCUUGCCAUCGUGGAGCUUCGGAUACGUCUGGAUGUACAAAAAAUGCGUGACCCUCGACUACGGUAACCGUGCCAUCGGCUUCACCGACUACAACUCCGACUUUUGCGAUAAUCUC